CCCAUCUUAAAACGAUACAAAUACAAAAUUUUCUAGUCCAUAAAAAGUUUUGUAGUCUUGGCCCACCAUUAUUUAUAAGGCAACAACAAAAUCAUUGAGACAUAUACUCACCAGUCCUUUCUUUUGUUGUUUACGAAAAAACGAAACAAGAUGUUUUGUAAAAUAAUAUAACAUUCUAAAAGCCGAAAGAUAAAAAUUUCACCGCGGACUUCUCGUAUGGCGUCACUAGAUUCUCUAGUGAGCUUCUUUUUAUCUACCCUUUUUGUCACAAUCGUGAGCUCACAAACGCAGUGCCGGAAUCUCGAGUCGAUUAUCAGUUUCGGUGAUUCGAUUACCGACACAGGAAACUUGGUUGGUCUCUCGGAUCGUAACCAUCUUCCUGUGACCGCGUUUCUGCCGUAUGGAGAAACCUUCUUCCACCACCCAACUGGCCGUUCCUGCAACGGCCGUAUCAUCAUCGACUUUAUCGCUGAAUUCUUAGGGUUACCGCAUGUGCCUCCUUUUUAUGGAUCUAAAAAUGGAAACUUUGAGAAAGGAGUUAAUUUCGCUGUUGCGGGAGCAACGGCACUAGAAACUUCCAUUCUUGAGAAGAGAGGAAUUUAUUAUCCUCACAGCAACAUCAGUUUGGGAAUUCAGCUUAAGACCUUCAAGGAGAGCUUACCAAAUCUAUGUGGUUCACCUACAGAUUGUAGAGAUAUGAUUGGAAAUGCUUUUAUUAUCAUGGGAGAGAUUGGAGGGAAUGAUUUUAAUUUCGCAUUCUUUGUGAACAAAACCAGUGAGGUCAAAGAGUUGGUUCCGUUGGUGAUCACUAAAAUUUCUUCUGCAAUUGUGGUAAACAUUCUUGAUCAGCGAGUCCCUAGAACGAGUAAUUUUUUCAAAAAACUGUUAUGUUUUUUGUUUUGUUUUUGUGUUUUGGUACUGAAUGUUGAAUCUAGGAGUUGGUCGAUAUGGGAGGAAGAACAUUCCUAGUUCCUGGAAACUUCCCGCUCGGAUGCUCAGCAACGUAUUUAACAUUAUACCAAACAUCAAACAAGGAAGAGUAUGAUCCUCUAACAGGAUGUUUGACAUGGCUGAACGAUUUUUCAGAAUACUACAACGAGAAGCUUCAGGCAGAACUCAACAGACUCAGUAAACUUUACCCUCAUGUCAACAUCAUAUAUGGUGACUACUUUAAUGCUCUGUUGCGCCUUUACCAAGAACCAUCCAAAUUUGGGUUCAUGGACAGACCCUUACCUGCUUGUUGCGGUUUAGGAGGACCGUACAACUUCACCUUAAGUAAAAAAUGUGGGAGUGUAGGAGUAAAAUAUUGUAGUGAUCCUUCAAAGUAUGUGAAUUGGGACGGCGUUCAUAUGACUGAAGCUGCAUACAAAUGGAUAGCUGAUGGAUUACUCAAGGGUCCGUAUACGAUUCCUUCGUUCCAUUGGUUAUGCCUCGGCUCAAAAAUUAAGAGCAAGGAGUCAUUAGACACGUAGUGUUCUUUUGACAAACAGCUGAAACAAGCUUGUUGGAGCUCUGAGAGAUAAUAAGAAAACAAAUACGUUCUUAAGUGCUUUCCAUGGAUAUUUUAUAUCAUUGUGUAUUGUUGUUUGAGAGAGAGAGAGAGAGUGGUUAAGUGUUAGUAGCUAACUCAUGUGAUAUCUUCAGAGAGAUCUUAGAUUAGACCGGUCGGAGAUGCACUGUUCCAAAAAUGGACCACUUCAUGAGUGGUAGAAAUAACAGAAUAGGAGAUGAUAAAAUGGGCAAGGAGUUGAACGGAUCAAUUUGACUUCUAGUCUUCAAUACAAAACCAAACUACUCUUUACAAAUCAAUAUAUUAAUACGAUUUUUAUAAUAAUUUUAAUUAUAAGACUAAGAUUUGUAAUUUAGUGGUUUUUGUUAUUAUCGUAGUUAUGUUAUUAUCCGGUUU